AUGACAGAAACGCUUGAACCUCGCACAGUGGACUUUUUUGCUGAGAAAGACCUAGAGAAUUUGCAAUGUCAGGAGGACUCAACAUUUAAUGGUACACACGCAAACCAAACUACUAUUCCACUAUCUGUUAGCAAAGAUGUGGAUGAAUUUACAAAUGAAAAGAAGACGAACGACAACGAGAAGUUUGAAUACGACGACGAUGACAGUUAUCCCGACGGCGGCUAUCAGGCUUGGCUUGUAGUUCUGGGCGCAUUCAUGGGAAUCUUGCCGAUAUGGGGCAUUGCCACUUCCCUAGGUGUGCUAGAAAGUCACAUAUCUGAACACCAGUUGGCUAACGUUAGUUCCUCUGUUGUUUCAUGGAUUUUUUCUUUGCAUUUGAUGGCAUGCAGCGCCUGUUGUGUAUUCAGCGGCGCUUACUUUGACCGAAACGGCGAAGCGCACUCGAUUUUGGUAGGGUCGGUAAUUUUUGUUUUUGGGAUAUUCAUGACUUCUAUAAGCACUAAGCUAUGGCAUUUUGUGCUAGCAUUUUCUCUAUGCUGUGGUUGCGCAACAGGGGUCCUGGUGACUCCUCUUCUCUCAUGUAUUGCAACAUGGUUCUACCGUAAGCGGGCUAUUGCUACCGGCGUAGCCACAAUUGGCAGUUCGAUCGGCGGAGUUGUGAUCCCGGUGACACUAAGGAGUCUAUAUGCAAGUGCCGGAUUUCCAUGGGCGAUCCGCGUCGUCGGAUUCAUGAGUGCGGCUUGUCUAACACUAUCUACGUUAUUAACGCGCGAGAGAAUCACACCCCUAAGGGAGCCAUUUAAGACGAAAAAGGAAGCGGUCAAGUACUACUGGUCUAUGAUUUUCAACUGGCGCUACUUUACGGACGGAAAAUUUGUAUGGUGUGCUUUGGCAUUGGCAAUAGCAGAAAAUGGGGUUUUCCUAACCGGAACAUAUUUGUCUUCGUAUGUGGUGGCCCACGGCUAUAAAGUAGAGACUGGAUAUACUGUCCUAAUUGUGGUGAAUUCUUGCGGAAUUCUAGGUAGGUAUAUCCCGGGUUACUUAGCUGACCACUAUUUUGGGCGGUUCAAUGUUGUUAUUGUUAUUACUGCGGCUUGUGUGAUAGCAGAUGCGGCACUCUGGCUACCAUUUGGAGGAAAGAUGGCCGUCCUUUGGGUUUAUGCUGCCAUUUAUGGAUUCCUAGCAGGAGCGAUAUUCUCUUUGACUCCAGUUUGUAUCGGACAAAUCUCCCGUACAUGUGAAUUUGGAAAACGGUAUUCUACUGCGUAUCUAUUAGUGUCUUUAAUGACUCUGGUCGUUAUACCUAUUGGUGGUGCAUUGGCUGGUGGAAAAACAAUUCCUGAAUACAAUAGGUUAAUAAUAUUCACUUCAGCACUGCUUUUAAUAGCAGUAGUAUGUUACACAAUGUCUCGGACUUUGGCGGUAGGGUGGAAACUUUGCAAAUUUUAA